AUGUCGAAAAUCUGGCGAAUCCUCGUGCACGCGAUCCGUCCCUGUCGUCCUUUGCGUGUCCACCAAGCCCACCAGAAGCAUCAGUCGUCACCGUCCAGCAGGUUGGAGACACUGUCGAUCUGUAUUUGGGACCUUGCUGAAUACGAGGCCGAGCUGGAGUUGGACAAGGGCGGGAAUAGCUCACCCUUUGACACCGACGCGGAGCUCGCCUUGUACCUCCGCAAGAUCCACAACUUGACAGAAUCCCACCGCCGGCUCAGUCACGACAUUGACUUCCCCGACAGCCUGCGCUGGAUGAAUCUCAAGCGGCUCCCAGUCUCCGGCGGUCUCGAGUCCACAGCAACCGCUCAGGAGGUGGCGAUACAAAGCCAGUCGAGGAAAAAGAGCAACUUGGCUUUACAGCGCAGGCUCCAAGAUUCGGGCAUCUUGGUUUUCGAGAUCCGGAUGGGGUUUAUGCGAAGUAUCCGUUCUGCACCUGUUGGUAUUACGACAGGUGGGAGGAAGUAG